AUGGAAGUAAUUGAGAGAGUGACAUCUAAUGAUGAAGGCUGGAACAACGAGAGGAGCAGAGUACACAGGGUAGCCUCCGCCGCAGAGAGCAGCCAUAUGGACAACAUGUUCAAACAGAUGGAACUCCUCCACAAGAAGAUAGAUCUCAUGGGGAUGGGACCGGUUGUGCAGGAGCAGCAAGAGGGUGUAGAGGAUGUUAACUACAUACACCAAGGGGGAAAUAGAUACUAUAACAACUCCCGCCCCAAUCAAGGGGGUGGAGGUUACAACCAUUUUGGGAACAAGGCGCAUCCUAACCUAUCGUAUGGGAACCCCAACAAUGCCCUUCAGCCACCACCGGGGUUCACAGUUUCCCAAGGGAUGAUCACUGAGCCGCAGAAGAAAAGUACAGAAGAUAUACUGAGUGCAUUCAUGUUACAGUCACACAAGAACAUGGAGCAUUCCAAUCAAAGGCUAGAGAAGGUUGAGAAUGAUAUGCACAACAUGUCAGUGCAUAUGAAGAGCCUAGAGACGCAAAUGAGUCAGAUUGCUCAAGCUGUGAGCAGUCAGCAUACGCCAGGGCAGUUCCCAGGACAACCAAAAGUAAACCCCAAAGAUUGCAAGGCAAUUCAUUUGAGGAGCGGGAAGAGUUAUGAGGGUCCUUCUAUGCCAGAAAUCCCACCAAAGCCUACAGUUGAGCCCGAGAGUGUACUAUUGGAAGAAGUAGAAGCGGAGGAACCUAAAACAUCACCGCCCGUAGUUCAACUCGAGGUGGGUACACCAGUCAAACCAUCAGAGGUUAGAGUACCAUUUCCCCAAGUGUUGCAAAAGAAGAAGAACGAUGAACAGUUCUCCAGAUUCUGGGACAUCUUCAAGAAAGUACAAAUUAACAUCCCACUUAUUGAGGCACUUCAGCAAAUGCCUGGGUAUGUUAAAUUUCUCAAGGAUGCGGUCUCCAAGAAGAAGAAAUGGGGACAACAUGAGACCGUCAAUUUGACGGAAAAUUGUAGUGCAAUUUUGCAAAGGAAGCUUCCGGCCAAGAUGAAGGAUCCAGGGAGCUUUACUAUUGAGUGCACUAUUGGAGAUUGUUUUGUGGGGAAUGCCCUAUGUGACCUUGGAGCAAGCAUCAACCUCAUGCCAUUGUCCUUAUAUAACAAGAUGAAGAUUGGUCCUUUGAAGCCCACCACUAUCACGCUGCAGAUGGCUAAUAGAUCUGUGUCCUAUCCAAUGGGUAUUGCGGAGGAUAUAUUGGUGAAGGUGAAUGAGUUUGUUUUCCCAGCUGAUUUUGUGAUAUUGGACAUGGAGGAGGAUAGAGUUGUACCUCUCAUUUUAGGAAGACCUUUCCUAGCCACGGGGAAGGCCUUGAUCGAUGUUGAUAAUGGAGAGCUCACAUUUCGUUUCAAUGGUGCUCUGGAUUCAGGCAAGGAGAUCCCCAGAUCACGCCGUCAACAGUUCUUACCUCUUAGGGAUGAAGAAGAAGAUGACAAGAAGGAAGAGAGAGACAUGAAAGAGGAGUUGAAACCACUACCUCCACAUUUGCAGUAUGCAUUUUUGGGAGAAAAUGACACCCUUCCGUUAGAGGAUGAAUUUGGUUUGAAUGGUUGCUUUGAGUAUGAAUUGUGCAAUUUCCUUAAUGGGCUUGUGGUUAUUGAGUGUGGGGAACUAGCAUGCUUUGAUUUGUUGAUGUCUACAUAG